GCGUUUGUGACAUGAAUAAACAAGUCAGCAUCGCUACCAUAUACACAUGGACGUUACUGGAAUGGCUGGCCUAGUUUUGGUGGUGUUAUUGGCGCUUCUUUUGAGAGAGGGAAUGCCUCUCUUCACGGAACUGCUGGUCAGUCAAGAAAAAAUGAAUUGGACAUCUGCUGAAGAAUACUGUGAGGAAUUGAACGGUCGUCUGAUCGUUCUAGAUAGUCAGGAAAAGUUGGAUAACUUAACAUCUCACGAUCAAUACAAGGCACAGUAUCUGGACGAGGAAAGGUACUGGACUGGUAUGAGAUUCAAUGACUCAGUUAGGUGUGACCUGACUAAGGACUAUAACCCAUGAGUGUAUACCGGCUGGGGUAGAUGGGCAAAUGAAGAUAAUGAACCUAACUGGUGCCCUCGCCAGCAAUGUGUCAAAUUGGGACUUAAUUUGAUGAGUUCGGCUCUUUGUAAAUCCAGAUAUCGAGUUUUAUGUGAAACAGAAAUGGUUCACACAACAGCAGUGCAGGAUCAGACAAUAACAUCAUCAACAGAAUUAAUGGAAGUAAAUGAUACCAGAUCUACGGAUACAUCCACAGAUUUCAUCAUAUCAGAAC